AUGGUUCAGCCUACCGCCCAGGCUGGCCCAUCCACCAGCCAGCCUUCCACCUCGAAAGCCGGCGCUGCGUCGUCUUCGUCGAGCCUCUUUGUCUCUUACCACGACAUCUUUGAGCACCUCGAGCUCGCUCGCCAUCAGCGCGACGCCCACCAGAUUCAGUCUAUCCUCUCCAGCCGCAGCGACCAACUCAAAUCGUGUCUUCAGCCCUUCCCAGUCGACUCGAGUCCAGACUUUACCUCGACCUCGGACGCGCUGCCACCAGCCACCCUCAAACUCUCCGAUGGCAGCACACACAACCUACAGCAGGAGACGCGACAGCUGUGCAAGCAGAUCGCCGACCAGUAUCACAUUCCCCACCAAGAUGCUUUCGUCCAGCUCUCCGCUUUUCGAGCUUCGGAACAUCGUUACGCCGCAGGCGCCCAAGACAUCGUCCAAUCGCAUCUUCAGGCAGCUCCACCCACUCCGGUCAAGACAAGAACAACGCGAAACAAGACUGCCUCCUCCGCACUCCAAAGGUCCACACAGAGCAAGACAGAGCCACCCAAUCCCGAGUUGCUCGACGCCUUCAACAUCUUCUACUUCGAGGAGCGCAUGUAUCUCCUCCGCACCAUCUCGUCCUUGAUCCGGAUCACAGAGGAUCCACAACACGAGUUUUACGAUCUCGCCAAUGACAUCCUCGACCUCUUCGCCGACGAGACCUUUGCUCUCUCCUGCAUUCAGCACUUUUGCGCCCUCGCCAACCUCUCCCUUCCCGAAUCAAUACGCCUGCAGCCGCGAUACUCGUCUCUUUGGGCCAAGCAGAUCCUGAGAGAACAAUUUGGCCUGCUCGAGAUCGUCUUCCUCCUAUUCUAUGGUAGACUCUCCCCGUCUCCCGCCUCGCUGCUGGCUCUCCUUCGAGCCGUGCACGAGACCGAGGUUGGUCGACGCCAAGCCAAUCUCGGAUUCUUCGACAACGAGGCUACAGAGACAGUAGAAUGCGUCAGCCAUCUGCUUGUUCUCAUCGCUGUCGAGAUGCUUUCUCUCGAAGAGGUCAUGGACGGCCUAGACCUCAACGACGCUUCACAGUCUCACAUGGCCAAGCACCCGCCCAGCCUCGAGCAGGCCCUCGACCUUCUCAGCACCACCUCAGCUGACCCACUGCACGCCCCUAUCCUGCUCGCAUGGGCGCUCGUUCUCCACCGUCUCGAAGAUGCUCUGGCAGCCCAAUUCGACGCAGCCGACCUGGACACAUCUACUCCACCUUCUGACUCGCUUGCGGAGCUCGCAAACGUCAUCCGGACCGACGAUGGUGGCCCACCUCUGUGGAGACGACUCGCCCAAGCCGCCUUUGCGCCCGAGCUCCGUCUGUUCGACACCCUCAUGUCUCUGCUUGCCUCGCCACUGUUGACCAGCAGCAACGGCGCCAGCACCCCGGCUGUGGCCGGACCAUCGGCUCUCGCCUACCGUGCCGUCUUCAAGGGCCUCUUGCUCAGCAUCACCGAGCUCGUCAAGCCUGAAUUCCUUCCCAACUUCAAUGCCCUUGUCAGCCUGUGGGAGGCCACAUUCGGCUCCGGCCUGGCUCUCGAGCUCAGUCAGUCUGCCGUCGAGGGUGUUGCUGCCCUUUGCGAUCAGUUCUGGCAGGUCGACAGCAGAUACGAGUCGAGAUGCACCACCCUGGACACAGCCAGGCGGCGAUGGCCCGUCAGCUUCCGUCCUCUGAUCCUUCUCACCAAAGCACUCUCUGGCCACGCUAGGGUCGACGCACGAGCAUCAUGGCCAUCUCUGCUUGAUGGGCGCUCGCGUCCCGAGACCGAAGAGCGAGCGUGCGCUGCUGUGUUUGACUACCUCGCAAACGUGCCCACCUUUGCUCAGGUCUUGCCCGUCGGAGCCAACACGCCCAACGCACCCUUCGAGACCAUGGAAGGCGGUGAUUACACAUCCGUCACCUACAGGAUCACUCGUACCCUGCGGAUUCCAGGCACCCAGGUCCGUCUUGCCCCUGGCACCACGGGUUCCACCAUUUCCGAGCUGGGCAAAGAGCCUGUCAUCGUCCUCUGGAGCCCGGCAAGACCCAUCAGCGCCUGGAAGCUCAUGCGUGACGUCCUCUCCUCCUUCCCACCUGCGUACGCCGAGCCCACUACGACCCAACCCGAUGCCGACCCAUUCCGGGAUCAGAAGCAGGCCGUCCGCUUUUCUCACCUCGCUCCGGCCGAUUGCGACGAGCCUUGGGAAGAGCUUGCCUCGGAUGUGCUCGACCUCUUUGCCAGCAUCAUCUCGGCAAGUGCCGAGCUCGCUUGGACGCUGCUUGCUCAUCUCGACGGUCGUGACAUCAAUGCCGACGAGUUAUCCCUCGAUUACGAACCCGAAGAGCUCGAGCAAAUCCAAAAGGAGAAGGAAGAGCUCGCACACGCAAAGAGCCUCUCGUCCGUGGCCGUCCGCCUCUUGUCGCAUGCCCUCAUUGCGGCUCCCAUCAACGUUCGCCUCGUGCGUUCUUCACUGCGAUUGCUCACGGUGCUCCUGCCGUAUGAUCCCGAUGCGAUCUGGCAGGAAGUGCGAUCCUCGAACGCGCUCAUCGGCACUCCGGGCUCGGUACCUUACCUGUCCAAGGGCACUGCGGCAGCAGGCGCCGCUUCUGUGUCGGCCCUUCUCACGCAAGAGAUGAGCCACGCCUCUUAUGGUGGGCUCAUCUCGUUGCUCGACUUUCACAUUUCGCUCUUCUCCGAGCUGCGCCGGUCGUACUCUGUUCUGUCCACAGACGUCCUCGAGACCAAGACCAACGUGCUCUUGCGCGCCUUUAGCUGGAUCUACGAAUGCGUUUGGCCCGAGUACCAGAGCUGGCGCUACAUCCGACUGGCAGACAGGCUCGAGAUCGGCACCAAGUGCACAAAACUGUUCGAGAUGGUCCUCGAGGAGAGGAGUUGGCGCAGGUCGUCGACACCCGCAUCCGAUCUGAUGGACGAAGCCGGGCCGGAUUUCGCCCUGUAUGAGGCUGCAGAAAGGAGCUUCGUGACCCAUCCGAGCAUCGUCGGCCUCGCCCCUCUCAUCACUUGCAUCGGCACUGGUCAGCAAUUGCUCGACGCGCUGGGCAGAGCUGGAAGACAGAACGACGCCAUCUUGGCCGAAGAGUGGAUCUCGACCUCGUUGCGUCUUGCCACGCAGAUUGUCUCUACCAAGCGCGAGCUCACCAUCGCUGCUCUUCGCGAUCUCUUGACGCUGCCGGCAGAGACAGCAAGAAGAGCCAUGUCUGCCAGGAUCAACGUGGGUCUUUUCGAACGACUCUUCUUCGACCAUACGAUCGUAGCCUCUCGAACAGCAUGGAGCGGCAGCCGUAGGUCGAGCCGGGUGGAACUGGCCAGUGCGACUUUUUCGUACGUGCUCUUCCCAGCCUCCUCCGCCAUCAGCUCGACGGCGGCGCAGCUCGUCACUUCUGUCCUCAGAUCCGUCGCCGACCUCGCCUCGGCGGGCAAGCCGACACCCGGCCUCAUCGGACAUAUGGGCACCCUCGAAGAGCUCGAGGAGACCCUCUCCGGUCUUGUCGAUCUCGUCGGCAACCCUAAUCAGGAUCCUGGCCUCAAAGUCCAAGUCUGGACCAUGUUAGCAGCCAUCGUCGACACGCAGCCAGCCCUCGGAACACUCCUACUGACGGGCCGUCACCUUGCAGUGACGACCGAAACGCGUCUCAAGAGGACAGAGGCUGACCCUUCCUCGAAGCAAAACGAGUCCGCAGGAUCGGCACCUCCACCGCAGACGACCGACGCAAAUGACGGCCAAGCGCUAGUAAAGACAGCGCUCGAUGUUGCUUCCGAGGCGAUCUUGUCCUGGCAAGCACCUCACACCAGCAGUCCGCAGCUGCUCGAAGCUGUGCUCCGAUUCCUCGAUGUGGCCUGGGUGCACGCGGCCGAGCACGUUGCAGCCUUUGACACGAUUCGCACCAACUCGGCCUUCUUCCGUGCCCUGGCAGACAUCAUCUGCGAGCCAAGCGAAAUUCCUUCGACACUAGCCGAAGGUGUCAUCGAAUCUGACACCGCCUUGCAUUCGAGCAACGACGUCGAGGUGUCAAGCUACUGCUACAGGAAAAUGUGCCAGGCUCGCUCGCUGCGACUUUUGCAGCACGACAUCCAGCUGGGCAGCAUCCUGAAAGAUCAGUCCAAGAGCAGCUCGUCCAGCCGAGCCAGCGUCGACGCUUUGCUCGACAUCCUCACGUCGUCCGACCGCACGCUUGGCGCGAUCGAAGUGAGCUUCUCCAUGCCGUGCGAUCCUUCGCUGCGCGCUGCUUUAGAACGCAAGCUGGCGGAACUUUUCCCCACCGUCUGCAUCGAUUCUCUGCGUCAUCCUCGACGCAAAGACGACUUUGAUCUCGACAAGCGAUACGGCGACAACUAUCACUUUAGCACCUCUGCCUUCCGCAGCAAGGCCGAGGGUCGCGUUCUUGACGGCGAGUUUGGUGGCGAGGCUGCACUGAUCGAGGAAGGACUGUUGUCCCUCUUUACCAUCAACAUGGAGUGGAGCUUGAUCGACGUGCAGAACUCUGUGGUCCAGGCGUGGACGCAGUGCGUUGAAACAUGCAUGGGUCGCAUCGUCGCGCAGGCGCUCAGCAAGGACAAGGUAUCUCUGCUCGGGAAAGUCGUCAUUGCAAGCUGGACUCGUCUUGCCACGCUCACUGCCGAUGAAGGCCGGGAGGGCGACUUUAUGCGCGGCGUGCAUGCCACCCGACUUGCUUUGCUCACCAAACUUAUGGAGCUGGCCUGGGGAAACAGCCACAGCAAGGAAGCCUCCAGCACAGAGCAGAUCGUGCAGGCUGCCACCCUCUGCGGACGCCUGCUCACGCAUGGAUUCUUCCGCGUUGAGGACAGCUUGAAGGGCACUGUGCCUCCCGAGUUCCACCGCGACGUCUUUGAGAUGGUCCUGGUGUGCGUCGCCCGCAUUCGCUCGCUUUUGUCAUCGCAGGGGUCCAUGGUGGUACCCAACGACAAGACGAUCGAGAGCCACAAGGCGCUGCAUGCAUCGGUCGAGCUUUUCUGCCGUCAGGCCACCGAAGCGCUUCGCAUCAAGAUCGAGUCGGCGCUGCGAGUUUUGCAGACCGCUCAACGCCACGACUUCGACGCACAGUACCUUGAAGACGACCUCGACGUUCUCGUCAGCAUUUUCGAGAUGACCAUCCGACGCGACGUUGGCGCCGAGACCACCGUAUGGCUGGCGCACGUGCAGGAGACCCAACUCCUGCAGUUCACCAUCAGCCUCCUCGGUCGAGCGCCGGUUCUGCGCCCCGAAAGUGCGAACGGCAACGACACGCACUUCAACCCAAACAGUGCGCACCACGUCGCUUUCAUGAAGCCGUUGCUCUCGCUCUUGCUGGCCGUUGCGUCGCAGCCAUGCUCGAGCGAGGAGCUUGCUCUGCAAGGUGCGGUGAACGCAUUGGCCUCGAACAUGCUCACCGAUCCGCUCGAGAACGGCCAGAUCUCGCCUCUGCUGCUCUCUGGGGAUCUGAAUCCGUCGCACGAGUGCUGGAGGAUGAUGCUGCGUAUCGUCGUCAACCUGAUCGACAACCUCGGAGCGGGGUCCGAUAAUCCGAGCUGGAGAGGCGUCAGCGCACGCUUUGUUGAGACCGACGUCUACGGCUUCCUCCGUGUUUACCAAAGGCAGAUCGAUAGGGCAACCAGCCUCGGCGAGCUGCAUGCUCGGCUCGACUCGAUGUCUGGCAUCCUUGGUCAUCCCAUGUCUACGCAGGAUUAUGGCCACGCUGGCUCUGGUGCUGCUGUGAGUCUCGAGCAGCUGGAGGAGGUCGAGCUCAUCUACAGUCUAUUUUACAAUCUGACCAGGACCGAGCCGUCGGCGCGAGCAACCGCUGCACGAGCCGACAGCAACGUCGCCGGCUUAUCGAUCGUGCAGCAUCUUGCCGAGGCUUCGGCUUGGACGCUCCAGCCUCUUGUCCACCUCUUGCAGCACCCUAACGAGCUCUCGAGCCUUCUCGGCUUGGAUCCAGCGGCCGAAGCUACCAAAGUCGUGCAAGAGGCAACCGCGGCCAAAAUCCGCACCAUCGUGUCGAUCCUCAUCGCUAGUCUCUGGAACCACACCAACUGUAUAUCGGUGCUCUGCCGCGGGUCAGACGCCUGGCCAUCGACGCAGUCGGGCUGUGCCAUCGUACGUCCGACGACCCGGACCAGUGCGGUGCGCAUCGCCACGCUCGGCACGCUAUUGGACCUCAGCACGCAUCUCACCGACUACCUCAGAACCCACAAAUCGAAGCUGUCGGCGGACGACAAGGAGGGCUGUUCGGCGACGCUCGAGCAAGCGUUGGGCCUCGCCGCCAGUCAGGCCGCCAUCUGGGCGGCGGGCAGGUCGAAGGAGCACCAGGAGCAGGCCAAGCUCGAGCACAUGGCUCGACAGGAGCUCGAGUCGGGGCUGUCGAGGGACAUCGUGUCUGCGUUGAGAGCGGCCGAGGAGGUCGCAGGCGCUCAAGGGAACUUGUUCUCGCUGAUCAUGACCUUUGUAGAGUCGAAACUGAACAGCGCGCGCUUUUGA